CUGCCAUUGAACCCCAGCCCCGAAUUCGAUUGUCAAAAUGGUCGCAAUAGGAAGUCUUCUCUUUUGCGACGUUUGCGGCUCUUUACUUCCGCGUGUAGUCCCUGGGAAAAACCAAGAUGACAUGAUCAAGUGUGAUGACUGUUUCCAAUACACGAAAGAUACCUCGUCCAAAGUGAUCACCUCGAAGUCCAAGCCUAGCGCAUUUCCUUCAGCACUACGAUCAAAACAUUCUGAAGUCCAAAACAUCAACGCGGAGGAUCUACAGGUUGAAGCUGUCAUACAACGGGAGUGUCCUGAAUGCCAUCGGCCCGAAAUGUUCUAUCAUACCAAACAACUGAGAAGUGCCGACGAAGGUACUACAGUUUUUUACAGAUGCGAAUGUGGCUACAAGGAUGUCCAAAACAACUGAGGACGCUCAAUCUCAGUGUUACCACCGACGCCUUAAAUGCACGCUAUCAAAGACCUCUCUUGGACUCUCUUGGACUCAAGCAGCCACGGCCUCUGGAACGGUGGCAUACUCCAUCUCACCAUUCUUCUCGUAUUCGGCCAUGUCAAGGGCCACGAUGACACUCUCACGAACAACUUGUUCUGGGUCCUCGAGGAACUUUUUCAGGAUAUCCUCCACUCCAGGCUCUUCUCCAAGACUACCCAAGGCUUCAGCGGCUUCGUGACGAACCAUACUUUCCUCCUUUCCAUUUUCCAAAACAGACACCAGAGCGGGAAUCGAUGCUGGAUGUGAUAAUUGACCGAACACAAAUGCUACCUCGUGCCUAAAAAGUGCCGACGGAUCGACAAAGCCAGAAGCAAGGGCCUGCACGGCAGCUUCUGCGGUGGGAAGGUCUGGUGGAGAAGCAAGGUCUCGGAGAGCAAACAUGGCUCUGUAGCGUUGAAAGAGAGGAAGAGAGGUAUCCAGGAGUGUCUUUUGUAACUCAGGUAUUGAUGGAGUUUGGGUUGAGAAUGGCAUGGGUGGCGCUGGAUCGAUGGAUGCAAAGUCGCUGGGUUUCAAUGCUUCAUCUUGUCUGCCCUGGGAAUGUGCCCACUGAAUGCGAUCAAUGGCAAUAUCGCACGUUUCCCUUAC